AUGUACACAAAACUCGGUCAAAGCGAAGAUAAUUGUUUGACCUCGCCGAGGUUUGAAGAUGACGAGCGAUUCAUCAACGGAGGUCGCAACUUGACUUGGAAACUCGUAUAUUUCUUCCUCGGGAUCCUCGCUGCUUUAACUUGCGGGAUCUUGGGGUAUAUGGCCUACCCAAAUCCUUCAACCCCCUCAACAACAUCAAAAUCAUCAACGUCUGAGCUUCAUUGUGGCAACUCCGCCACAGAAGCUCGAGCCCUCGGCUGUGUGUUCGAUCUGCUUACGAACAACUGGAUGCCGAAAUACUGCUCCGACCCGUACACUGAUGCCGAGUAUCGCGUGUGGGUACUUGAUUCUGACCGUCAACUUGGGGCCUGGGCAUACUAUUACGACGAGAAGGCAGAGCAUCAGGUGGCGUCAGAGGAAGAGCUAUCCGAUCUUGUGGGGAAAUCCAUCUUCACAACAACUGAAAAUCAUCUUGGACAUUGCACGUUCCUCGCGCGGCGAAUGCAUCGUCUCACGACUGGCGAAAUUUCUGCGGUGGCACAUAAUUCUUUUGCGCAUACGAUGCAUUGUACUUCGUCGAUUCUCAAAGCGUUCAAUGCAACGGAGCAGCUAAUUAGCGCGCAAAUAGGCUCUACGUUUGACGUGGGUAUUGUGUCAUGCUUGGUUAGCGGAGCAUAG